CAAACUUCAAAAUACGCGGGAUAAGGGCAGUAAGGGCUACACACGAAGUCUUACUGAUUUAGGAUAAAUCUAAUUCUAAAUGAUACAGCCGCUUAAUUAUUUUAGACUGUUGCACAGAGCUGUCUUUUGUUGAUUCUCGUCUUCUGGGCUUGUGAUUUUUGGAGAUUUCCUGCCGUCCAUGAUAACAGUUACCUGAAGUUUACGUCUCGUCCAAAUGGAUUCAAGCGAAGAUUUGUCCGCUCGGGUCCUGUUAAACCACAUCCUAAACGUCGAGCCACCCAGGACUCCUCUAACCCGCAGUGUUGCAGCCAAAAGCAGUGCUCCCAGGCGCAGUGGUAGAAAAAGCAAUGACCCGGGCGCGCACACUCCACAGGGGAUGCUGAGGCGAAGUUUGAAAAAUAAAAUGCGGGAGAGUAUUUCCAGCAAGGCAAUUCCCAGUAAAGGAAGAACUGCAUCUACUGUGUUAAAAAGGACUCCAGGUCAACCCUCCAUGCUCUUUGAUGAUGGUGAUACACCAAGGCAAAUAUUCAAGAACAUCCUGCUUACUGAGCCUGUUAAAUCCCCUGUAGUUAAUGAGCAUGUUACGUCACAGGAACAACUACCCAAUCAGCCCUCUCCAGACUCCAGUCUACAAAGCAGACAGCCUAGUAUUGAACUCUCAGGACUGGAGCUUUCUGAUUUAACUUUUGGUAAUAUUGAAACCACUGUAAAAAGACUCAAUCGAAAGCGGCCCCAUUGUAGUCUAAAUGUUACUGCAUUUGAAAAACGCCUCAAAGGAGAAAAAGAUGUAGCAGAAGAAGAAUCAUUAGAAGAUCACUCUUCAUUAUCUUUGUCAAGCUCCACAUCACUGAGUCUUAAGACGCCUUUUAUUGAUGUUCGCACGGAGAGAAAGGCUCUACAGAGAAAAGGAUCCAACCACAGAAAGUUCUCAGAGGAAGACUUUGGAGCCGCUGUAGAUAAAAGAGAAAUGGGAAACCACCAUGGCACAAGUACUUCAUCCCCUGGCCAACGUGGUGAAACCUGCUCUGAAGGUUUUACUUUGGGCCUAAGCAAAAUCAGUGAACCUGAUAUUACUACAGAUAUUGUCCACUGUAAUACUGCACUCUAUGCCCAAAAUGAUGGCUUUAUGUCAAAUUAUUCAACACUUGGAACACAAGAUAAGCCCACAGUUAUGGCAUCCCAGAUUCAGAGAGACUUGAGGGAGCAGCUGGAUAUUCCUCAGCAGCCCUAUUCAUUUCAAUUGGAAGAAAAUACUAUGGCAGAGGUCCAUGACCAAAUCCAGUCCUUAUCAACUCACACUGACAUGCCUGAAGUCUCGGGUAAGGAUGCACCAUGCCUGCCUGAACAGGAGAAAAGUAAAGGAAACCGCACUUUUGAUGUUGGUGAUCUGGCAGAGUUGGAAAAGUUGGACGGUGUAGAUGAUCACAACUCUGGGGAGUCCAAUUCUCAAACAGGAACAAACAACAAUGCUGGAGCAGUGACAUCUUCUCAAAGUGGGGAUGAAGUAGACAUUCAAAGUGAAAAUCUUGGUGAGAGUGUGGAUGUCAAAGAGCCCAAACAGAAGGAUCCUGCAACUGAAGAGCAAAGUCACCAAAUUAAUGAUGAAGAAGCUGUGCAUGAAGAAGAGAUGCAGUAUGAAGAGGAAAAUGAGGAUGAGGUAGAGAAUGAAAAGGAUGAAAAUGCAGGAAAAGGAAGUGAGGAAGAAGAGGGGGUGGAAGAGGCUGAAUCUGAUAUGGGUGAUGUUGAAGAGGGUGGAGAGGAGGCAGAUAAUGCUGUGGGAGACUUUGAGGAUGACAGAAUGGUGGAGGCAUACUCACAGGAGGAUGAAGAUGGAAAUUCAGGACACAUCAUUCGAAGAAUGGUGUGUACAGAUGAAGUGAUGCCCAUCCAAAAUACUGAUGCUGAUUUUCCAGACAACACUGAAGCUGAAAGUUAUGAUAUGGUUGAACCCUCAAUUUACAAAGACAUUGAAGCUGACCCCACUAAGAUUAAGGAAAACACAUUUCAGGAAAGCAGUCCAUCAGAUGAAGUUGAACAGGUGGAAUACUCUGGGGGGGAGGAGGAGGAGGAGGAGGAGGGUAAUGAUGAUUUCCCUGUUAAGACACCUGCAUUUGUCAAACAAAAAAGGAAUUUCUUAAAUUAUGAUCCACAGGCUUCGCCUUUUGCUCCCAAGAAUAUUCAGCCCAGUGAUGCAGGUCCAAAAUCUAAACAAAAAGCUCAGAGGAAACCCAGAUCUCCAAAGAGUGAUCCAAGCCUCCCCAAAAGCUACCUGAUGAAUGUGUUUAAGCAUUUUGCCAAAACAAAAGUCUCGACAGAUGUCUAUCCUGUUCUAAAAGAUGUAAUGGACAAGUUUUUUGAGCGUCUAGCAAAAGACUUGGAGGCAUAUGCUCUACAUGCAAGGAGAUCCACAAUAGAUGUUGCAGAUUGUGAACUUUUACUAAGAAGACAGGGCCAGGUUAAUGAUAAGGUUCCAGUGGAAGUUCUCAUUGAAAAAUAUCUUCGCAUGGAACAGCGCAAGAUUUUGAUUCCAGUUGCAACAAGUGGAAAUGUGGUUUUUCCUAAAAGAAGAUAAAUGUUUUCAUAUUAACGUGUAGAAAG